AUAAGUACUACAUACCUCAUCCAUUCCAUGCAUUACCAACACAUCUUUUCUUUCAUUGCUUUUUUGCUUUAAACCAUAUAAUGGCUUCCUCUCUUCGGUCCUUUUUGCUCCUUGCAAUUUUAUUCUUUAUGCAGAAUCUGGCAGAGGCUGCAACAUGUAAUGACUGUUUUGUUCAUUCUCGAGCAGCUUACUAUCCAAAUUCUGAUGAACAAGGAACAGAGAGAGGUGCAUGUGGAUUUGGUUCAUUCGGAGCAACAAUAAAUGGUGGGGAUGUGUCAGCUGCUUCUAACCUCUAUCGUGAUGGUGUUGGAUGUGGUGCUUGCUAUCAGGUGAGGUGCACCAACAGUAACUAUUGUGCAGACAAAGGAGUAACUAUUGUUAUAACUGACCAAGGUUCAAGUGAUAAUACUGACUUUAUUCUUAGCAGACGAGCCUUUAGUCGGAUGGCUCAAACCACAGAUGCAGCUGCAUCACUAUUAUCUCUUGGAAUAGUUGAUAUUGAAUAUAGACGCGUUUCAUGCAGCUAUCCAAACAAAAAUAUAACAAUCAAAAUUGAUGAGAACAGCAAUUAUCCUCACUAUCUAGCUUUUGUCAUAUGGUAUCAACAAGGGAAGAGUGAUAUUACUGCUGUGCAGCUAUGUGAGACUCAAAACUUUGCCUGUAAGCUUUUGGAUCGGAGUUAUGGAGCAGUGUGGACAACUACAUCCCCCCCCAGUGGUCCUUUGUCACUAAGGAUGUUAUUCAGUAGUGAGGAUGGAGAUGAGGAAUGGCUUGUUCCUGUCAACAACAUACCCCAGGACUGGAAAGCUGGAGAAACAUAUGAUAUAGGAGUACAAGUGAAUAUAUAGUUAUAUGAGAUAGAUUUUUUAUCAUGAAAAUAAGCCCAUAUAAAUUCUUAUGUGUAGCUCUUUAACAUGUUUAUUUUAAACAUUACUUGAGUAUUUUUCAUUUUUUAA